AUGGAACAGAAACAAAGCUGCAAGUUCAAACGCAGAGCAAUGACAUUUACCAACGUUCCAGAAACAGAUCAGUUUCGUUGUAACACCAUAGAACAGCGAGCUUUGAAUGGAAUCCUGACCUCAACACCCCCACAUUCUUACCCUUACCCUCCCUCACCGACCUCAACUCCACCUCAUUCUCACCCUAACCCCCCCUCCCCGACCGCCACACCCUCACAUUCUCGCCCUAACACACCCUCACUGACCCCCACAACCCACAUUCUCAUCCUUACACCUCACCCUAACACACCCCCCCCGAUCUCCACACCCUCACAUUCUCCCCCUCACACACCCUCACCGACCCCAACACCUCCACAUUCUCACCAUAACCCACCCUCACCGACCUCACAACCCCACAUUCUCCCCCUAACCCCCCCUCCUCAUUCUCCCCCUAACACCCCCCCCCCGACCCCCACACCCCCACAUUCCCCCCCUAACACACCCUCACGGACGUCCACAUCCCCUCAUUCUCGCCCUAACACACCCUCACUGACCCCCACAACCCACAUUCUCAUCCUUACACCCCCUAACCGACCUCAACACCUCCACAUUCUCCCCCUAACACCUCCUCACCGCCCUCCACACCCCCACAUUAUCACCCUAACCCAGCCUCACCGACCUCCACAUCCCCUCAUUAUCUCCCUAACACACCCUCACGGACCUCCACAUCCCCUCCUUCUCACCCUAACACACCCUCCCCGACCUCCACAUCCCCUCAUUAUCACCCUAACACACCCUCACCGACCUCAACACCACCUCAUUCUCACCCUAACACCCCCUCCCCGACCUCCACACCCACACAUUCUCACCCUAACACGCCCUCCCCGAUCCCCGCCCCCUCACAUUCUCACCCUAAACCCUCCCCGAUCUCCACCCCCUAACAUUCUCACCCUAACACACCUAACACACCCUCCCCGACCCACACCCCCCCCCAUUCUCACCCUAACACCCCCUCCCCGACUUCCACAUCCCCUCAUUCUCUCCCUAACACACCCUCCCCGACUUCCACAUCCCCUCAUUAUCACCCUAACACUCCCUCACCGACCUCAACACUUCCACAUUCUCACCCUAACACGCCCUCACCGACCUCCACUCCCUCACAUUCCCACCCUAACCCACCCUCCCCGCCCUCCACCUCCCCUCAUUAUCACCCUAACACCCCCUCACCGACCUCAACCCCUCCCCAUUCUCACCCUAACCCAACCUCGCCGACCUCAACACAUCCACAUUAUCCCCCUAACCCAACCUCACCGACCUCCACACCGUCACAUUCUCACCCUAACAGACCCUCCUCGAGCUCCACCCCCCCUCAUUCUCACCCUACCCCACCCCCCCCGACCUCCACACCCCCUGAUUCUCACCCUAACACACCCACACCGACCUCAACACCUCCACAUUCUCCCCCUAACCCACCCUCCCCGCCCUCCACCUCCCCUCAUUAUCACCCUAACACCCCCUCACCGACCUCCACACCGUCACAUUCUCACCCUAACACAGCCUCGCCGACCUCAACACAUCCACAUUAUCCCCCUAACCCAACCUCCCCGACCUCCACACCCCCGCAUUCUCUCCCUAACACACCCUCCCCGCCCUCCACCUCCCCUCAUUAUCACCCUAACCCACCCUCACCGACCUCAACUCCACCUCAUUCUCACCCUAACAACAUCCCCUCAUUAUCACCCUCACACACCCUCCUCAUUCUCACCCUAA